AAAGAGAAAAUGGAAGAGAAUUUCGGUCUACUCACAGGCUUCACUCCCGACCGUCGCCGAAUUUUCGCUUCGCCUUAUUCAGUAGAAUGCGGUCAACUGAAUCUGUGCAUGUUUCCAAGUGUAAAAAGAAAAAUGUCGUAAUUAAAUUAUCAGAAAAAGAACCUGAAGAAGGUUCAGAAGAGGAAAUAGAUGAUGAAGUGAAAGAAGUUUCAGAGGACGAAUUAGAUGAGGAUCCUGAAGAUGAUCAAGACGAGGAGGAAGUAUCAGAGGAAGAGUUAGAUGAGGAUCCUGAAGAAGAUCCAGCAGAAGAAUUAUAUGAGGAAUCUGAUGAAGAUGCAACGAGCAGUAGCAUUGACAGUAAGGAACCUGAAAGUGAUUGCAAAGAGGAAUUGAAUGAUGAAACCAAGUCAAGUUUGAAAUCUGUAACUUCAUCAGUAUUGUGCGUCAAUAAUGAUGUAGCUAAACCAAUUGAGGAUCAAAAUCUGUUUUCCUCUGAAGCAAAUGUUUCUAAUCCGUAUUCAGUGAGCAAUGCUCCUGAAACACAGGACCCUGGUGGAAGUUCUGGCAGAAAAUGGCGUAGUCGGUGGUGUCCGGUACAAGAAAAACAAACUGAUCAGAGUGAUGGAACUAGUAAAAAAAGGAAAACAAGGUGGGAUGAUUCUCCGUUGCUUGGCACAUUUAAGCUACCAGACUUCAUGUAUUCCUUAGAGCAUGAGAUGGAUCCGAAGACAAUUAGCUUGAAGAUGCAACUUAUGGAGAUAAACAGCAAGCUGCAAAGUUCAGAGAUACAUGAUAACAGGCCUGCAGAAGAAAGAUCUCCUUCUCCCGAACCUGAAUACAAUAACCUUGGCAUGAGAAUAAAUACUCGUGAAGCGAGACUCAGGAAAAAACUUAGAGCCCAACAGAAACAUAUUAUAUCAAAAUUAGCUAAAACUGGCUUAAAUUUUAGAGCUCCUGCCAAGCUCGUUGAGAAAAUUUAUGUUCCGGUGAAAGAGAAUCCAGAUUAUAACUUUAUUGGUCUUAUUAUUGGUCCAAGGGGAAAUACACAAAAGGAAAUGGAAAAGAAAACUGGAGCAAAGAUUCGUUUAAGAGGUAAAGGCUCCAUGAAUAAGAAGCCUGAUCCACCAGAUGAUGAAGACUUGCACGUUCUUGUGGAGGCUGAUAAUCAACAAUCACUGGAUGCUGCUGUGGAAAUGGUUAAGAAAUUGCUGGUUCCUGUGGCUGAUGAGAUGAACAAUCACAAGAGAGCGCAAUUGCAAGAGCUUGCAAAACUGAGAGGAAUUGCAGUUCCAGAAUUGAGAGGAACGUGUGAAGAUAAGAAUAUAUGCAAUUUGUGCAAGGAACAAGGGCACCAACAAUAUGCUUGCCCUCGUCGAGAAUCAACUUUUAAGGCCAUGGUUUGUGAUAUUUGUGGAAGCUUUAGCCAUCUAUCGUCUGAAUGUAGCUUGUCUAUGGCAUCUCAGAUGUGCCUGCCUCUGCAAGGCUCUUAUGGAGUUGGGAUUGGGUCUAAUGGGAAAUCAAGCAAACAGAUGGAUGAUGCAGAUCUCUAUGUUGGAUACUUACCCCAGACAGUCGAUGAUAAUCGGUUGAAGGAGCUGUUUUCGCCCUUUGGGAAAAUUGUACAAACAAGGGUGAUUAAAGAUCGAACUACUGGUUUAAGCAAAGGAUAUGGUUUUGUUAAAUUUGAAAAUCCUGUGGAUGCCAAUGCAGCAGUGUUACACAUGAAUGGAUACAAAAUGGAAGGCAAGAUGUUGGCAGUAAGAGUAGCCGGGCAGAAACCUGUUCUAGGACCCUCGCAUCUGGGCAAUCAUCCAAUUCACUCUGUUCCACCAGCAGUUCGACCCAAUAUUUCAGGCCAGACGUCUUGCUUUUUUGGCCCAUCUGUUUUUAUGCUUCCAGAAGCUCAAGCCUCCAUUUUAAAAAACCAAAGCUCGUAUUUUCCUUCUUCCUUGGUCCACUUUGGGCAUUACAAUAACUUUCCAAUUACUGAGUUCUCGAGCAUUCCUCCAAGAUCAGAGUCUAAUAUUGCUGACUCAAGGAUGGCAGGCACCUUCUUUUCAACUUCUGAAUUUCAUAGCCAAAUCAUGAGUUCAAACUUGCCUUCCAAUUCAUUCUCACGGUUUCCUGCGCUCACCUUCUCUUCAACUCCUGAAUUUCCUAGCAAAAUCAUGAGUUCAAACUUGGCCCCCAAUUCGUUGUCACAAUUUCCUGGUGCCUCUGUUUCAAAUAACCCAAGCUUGUAUUUUUCUUCAUCGUCGGUCCACUUUGGGCAUUUCAAUAACCUCCGAAGGCCCGAGAUAUUGAGCAUUGCUCCAAGUUCAGAGACUAAUACUCCUGACACAAGGAUGGCAGGCACCUUUUCUUCAACUUCAGAAUUUCCUAGCCAAAUCACAAACUCGAGCUCAGACCCCAAUUCAUUGUCCUGGUUUCCUGGCGAUCCAGAUUACCGGGGUUCGCAGUUCAAGUCAUACUUCAGCCUCUAACAAUGAACCAAACAUGCAAUUCUCUGUCAGCGUCUCACUUCCUCUGAGAGGGUAUUAAGUUCUAAAAUUCAGAUUGAUAGGUGCAAGGUAUAAAACUUAUGUUCGAACAAAUGUAUUCUGCAGGUAUCCUAUUUCAUGUUACUACCGAUAUUACAUGUAACAGAGAACUUUACCCACAUAUUCUAUUUAAAGUUUGCAUUGAAAAGGAACAGCUUAUAUUGGCUGAUGGUUAUUUUGUACUUCUAUCAUCAAUAGGAACCACUUCUGAUUAAUUUCCUUCGUCUUCCCUCGUCUCUACUUUCAUAGGCCUUGAACUACGGGAAUUUGGUUUCUUUGUUUGAACUCUUCUUUUCUUGAAUUCCAGUAUCCUUUCAGGUCAACCACUGAGAGAAAAAGGAGAAGCAAAUAUGAUCAAGGUCAAGAGGAUGCUUACUUUUUGUCAGGAAUUUGCAAUGGGAGUUCUCUAACAUAUAAAUGGAAUCAAAAUAUACAAUUCCCUACAAUUUAUAAAAGAAGAGAGUUCAUUACUGCUCAUAAGGCGUCAUGCUUACAUCAUUUUUCUCAUUUAAAAUUUUUUUUUUACCUCAUGCGAAGUGUCUUUUUCUUUUCCAUUUGUGCACCCUACCUUCUAUAUCUCAUUAUUUACUCCAUUCUCCACUUAUCCUCUCAUUUAUACAUCGCAGGCUUCGAUGUAGAGAAGAAAAUGGCUAAAACACCAUGAUUUCUUGUAUAUUUGUGGAUUUAUGAUAAAUUUUCCUUAUUUUUGUGUGUGGAAUUCUAAACGGAUGAACCCAAAGUUUUUGAGGAACCAGAGGCAUGCAAGGAAGUACAACAAGAGGAGCGGUGAAUUUGCUGAGGAAGAGUAGACUUAAAUUUGCAAAUGUGAUUCGCUUCCAUGAAGUGGAGAGAGAUCUCACAUAGCCGUGGUGAAGAAAGGAAAUGUAUAAUAGUGAUUGCAGAGAAUGGUAUGUAGGGGGUUUCUAGGAGUGCUUAUUGAAGCUCCUGAACUUCUUGUUAACAUUUGUGGGUUUGGCACUCGUUGGUUAUGGUAUUUAACUCUUUGUUGAGUACAAAAAAUGCAGCAUCUUCUAGUGAUGAUAGUGAUUAUUGAAGCUCCUGAACUUCUUCUUAACACUUGUGGUCUGGCACUUGUUGGUUAUGGUAUUUAACUCUUUCUGGAGUACAAAAAUGCAGCAUCUUCUGGUCAUGAUGUCCCCAUUGCACCUUCAGGUGGUGUAUGCAGCUUGGCUGCCCGAUGCUCAUGGCUGUGUCUUUAGCUGAUAGCAUUUUCGAUAAACUCCCCAACACUUGGUAUAGUCAUGCUCAUGGCUGUGUCUUUAGCUGAUAGCAUUUUCGAUAAACUCCCCAACACUUGCAAUGACACCAGUCCUCAAAAUGAUUGGAUAGGAGCAUGGUGGCAUAGUAGCUUGAUUGGUAUCUCUGGUAAGGUAACUGUAUUCUGUCAUUUUUUAUAUUUUGUUUUUUUUUUUGUGCAACAUAUUUAUUUUACUUCUGCAUUCCGUACAUAUUUGAAUACCAUUAGCUGUUUGGUGGGCCAUAUCACAACAGUAAAUAUUCUGUCGAAAGUCCAAAACCAAUUUGAGGAACUUCUUGAUUCAUUUUAUAUGGAAUAUAAAUCAACUGAAUUUGUCUCGAUAAAUCUCUAUAUUUGAAGCGAUUUCUAGUUUUUUUAGAUUGUGAGUCAUAUUAUGUUGCUUUCUUUAUAUGGUGAAGAUGUUUUCAGCCUAAAAAAACUUAUUAUUUCCUUUUCCUCUUGUUCUUCGGCUGCAACCGGCUUUGCUUCUUGUAUCCAUCCAAGCUACAUACAUGUUCUCUUACAUUUAAUGUCUCUGCCCUUGUUUGGCAGGUGUUCAAAUUAUAAAAUACUUUUGGUGAAACUACUAUUCCUCUACAUAUUUUGUAGGAGCUAAUCAAAUUAUAAACAAUUCCUGACCAUUCUUUUAGUCUCCAUUUAGUUGGGUUCUGUGCUUCAAACUUUGAUAGCUUCUUCAGUAAUUUUUUCAUAGUUUCGACAUCCUAAUCAAUGUUUUUUGGAACAAUUGUCUACGGUAUGAUUUGUGAUAUAAACGCUUGAAUCAAUCAGGUUUAGAGGAGAAAGAUAGCUUAUAUGCUUGAAACAGUCAAAAGGGAACAUAUUAUUUGGAUUUUCGAAGGUCUUUGAGAACCAUGGAUCAAAUUCAGCAAGUUUUCUUUGCAGCUAAUGAAGCAAUUUAUUUGACAUGUAGACUUAAUGAAAAACAAAAAUGAAAAAGCUGGCAAAUCGGAUACUGUUUAUUAUUAGCUUUUGUAUUCUCUAUAGUGAAUAAUUUUUGUUUGUUGUUCUUUUUUCGUCUAAGGCUAGACCAUAGAAUUGAAUCGACAGUGCUUUAUCCCCUUCUUCUGAAUGAAAUCUUCCUCUGAAUUUCAAUUGAAUCGGCGAUACUUCAUGUUGUUCUAUAUUUACAUCACUUCAAUUGAAUUUCUUUUGCAACUCAUGCUUUCAUGUCCUGUGGCUUUACACGGUAAGCUAAUUAAUGUUGCUAUACCUGUAACUACAAAUGGUGUGCCACAAUCAGGUAAGAUAUCAUAAACUCCAAGUAUAAUUCAAUUGUAACAAAAAAUAAAAAAUAAAAUGGACUGUAUCAUAUCAUUCUUAAACUCAACUCUCAAUACACCACUUUUACAAAUCAACUGUCUCUCAUUGGAGUACUCAAAGUUAGCAGGUAAAGUGGUAUGUAACACCUAUGUAGUAGGUCACAAAGGGCUUGCUUUACGAGAUUUCAUCACUGCUGGUCCAUGUAAAAAUUUUAGUGUGGACUCUGUGCUUCUAUUUGAUCAAAGUCGAUUUUACAAUUACUUAUAUGUCCCAUUUCUAUAUUUUUUCCUCUAUUUGUCUCCAGGCUUAAGACUAAUUUUGAUGUCAUUGAUUUGUUUCUUUUCUCCAUUUUUACGUGCCAUAGCCAUUUCGUCUCUUUACUGCAUUCCACACACAACCGUCCAUAUUCUGCAGCCGUUACCGUAUCUCUUUAUUUCUUCUGCUAGGUUUUCUUUCCAAUUCCUAAUUUCAUUGAUGGAUCUCACAAAGAAACCUAAGGUCGACAAGAAUGGCGUCGCCUAUUCUGUACCCAGCAACUUAAAUGUUACUACAGCCGUCGCAUCCACACCAAUUUCAGCAGCACCAGCAGCAAUCAUAUGUGGGCGACGACUUUUCGCGAAUAAAUCCAUUGUUUGUUUUCUCUAUGAUUGAUUUUGUUGGUUUGUAUUCUUCAUCGUGAAUGAUUUUUGUUAUUUUUUUUUCUUUUUUUGGAUGAACAAACCCUAGAAUGGAUUUUUCUUCCUUUUUUUACCACGAUUAAUAAAAUUAUGAGAUAAUAUCGUUUCUUGCUUUUAUUUGAUCUAGGGAUCUGGUUCCUUUUAUUUGAUUUAUUCGAACUGCUAAAUGAUCCUUUAAACAUACCAAACCCCUUAUUUCUGUUCCAUUUCCUUUUUAUCUAAUUUUUGUUGCUUUGACUAUAUAACAACAGAGUUUGUUGUGAAACACUUUUGAUCGGCAUGAAUUCGUGUGAUAUGAUGUAAAACAAGUACGUUGUUCACAUCUCUGUUCUUUGCUCAUUUGUAUUUGAUUAGUAUGUUCUUGAAGUCUUGAUAACAUGGAUGGACACACUAACUUAUUUGCAGGUUAUUCAGUUUGUGACACGAAGCAGCAUGCACGGAUGAGUUCGGGCAUAUGUGUAUUGACAUAUUAAAAGAAAACAAAGUUAACAAUUCUGGUGUGAGGUUUAAUCCUUGUGCAAGGACUGCACUGUGCAUUUGUUACUCUCAUAGCUGAUGGUGAGCGUGAAUUCAUGUUCUUCUGUAGUCCUAGCGUUGACAUGUUUCUUUGUGAGUCAGAUGUUGACAUAGACCUUAUUAAGUGAGCUUUCAGUUGCCCACUAUAUUUAAAGAUCGAGCGGAAGAUGUGCUAAUAUUACUUUGAUCACGUUAUUUAUUUAAUGCUGGCAAGCAUCUUUUGUUACAGUUCAAUUAGUUGGAUUGAAGAACCAUGUAGGCCUACACAGCUUGCUACAAUGGCCAUUCCGAACAAGUCUGGUAGCAUACUCUCUUAUGACCCAAAUCUGAGAUUGCCCUUGUGGCCUACAGAAGAAGCUACUCGAAAGGAGAUAAUGAACAAUGGCCCCAGGCAGACAUUAUCAACAAGAUAUUCUGCUCACACUCAUAAUUAAUUGGGAGUGUAUAAUCUGACAGAUGAGAGGAGAUAACAUUCCUCACCAUAAGAUCUUCUGCUCAGGAUGAAACCUAUUGCGGCAAUAUCAACCCUAUAGAUGAGAAGCAUACUCAAAGAAAUAAUGAUAGCAUUUUCUUUGCAUUGCUGGUGUAAGGAGCUAUUAUGAUAAGGGAAAAAGAGUUGCUGAAACUUUGAUGUUUGAUUAUCGUAGGCAGCACGGAAUUGAGUCAAAGCCCACUUCUGAGAACAUUGCAAUUUGUGACCAAAUAAAACGAGAGUUCACCUUCUCAAUUCUCACACUAUUGCCUUUUUGCACAUGCAUGCGGUGAUGAGCCUUUUGACUGUCCGCUUGCUUGGAACACAAACAAGAAGCUUUUGUUACAUCUCUGACAUGGUCGAUGGUCUAAUUCUACUAAUGGAAGGCAAAAAAAGUACCAGGCCAAUCAACAUUGGCAAUACAGGCUAUUAACAAAAAAUAUAGUUCUAAAAUGCUAAAAUCAAGUUCAUUAUAUCUCUUUGAGUAUAAAGCUUAUGUUGCUUGUUAGUUUCCUGGGAAAGGUAAAGUGUACUGUGUUUUCCUCGGAGCCAGUCGUGCCUCACAUAUUCAUGAAUUGGGCUUUCAAUAGUACGAUCUUUGGGCAUAUGUCCUCAAUUUCGCUUUGGGAGAUAGAGAUUACCAUCACCUGUGCAGCGAACCAAGCUUACCACUCAAAAAAGUCCUCUGUAAUGAAAGGAAUGACUAAAUGCCAAAGGGUGAUCCCCCCUUUCCAUUGAAGAGCACGAACACGAAAGUCUCAUGAACUUCUUAUUGGGACAGUAGCUUCAAUGGCUCGAUGUAAAGACGGUUUGGCUGUUCUUUUCUAUUGAAAGGGUAUAGAAAAUCUAGGAUCCUGCUUUUGGUUUGGAAACAAAUAAUGUUAGGAUAACUGGCUCAUGGUUAUACUAAAAGGCAAAUUUAUAACGUUUUGAGUUUGUUGAGACUGAAGGAGGCAAUUUCCAAAAUUGUGCAUCGAUACAAAUUUCUUUUCCUCUCUCUCUUGUUCUUUUUCAAGUAUGACAUGGAACAAAAUGGUUUGUGGCUGUAAAGAUGGUUAACCCAAAAGUGAAAAUCAUUACGGUGAAGAAUAUUCUAGAUGAUCCUUUCCAGAGAAAACCUGAUAUAACCAAAGGCAAAGGAGUGUCUUGGCUAGGAACCAAAUGUCAAGUUGCAUGAUGGCCUUCCCCUUCCGCAAGAGGGAUGGAAUCCGGAUGAAGUGAUUUACUCUGUAAAUCUUAUUUAAUGUUAAUGACUUUGCUGAUUUACCCUUAUUUAAUUAUCAACAACUAGUAGUAAAUUACUGUUGGAAAUAGUAAAGAAAUUGAAUGAUUUAAUUUU